UCGAGUAGGAGACCGGAAGUUGCUCGUUCAGCUGUCAAGCGCUUCGGCUAGGGAGGCUCAGCACCGGCGAUGGCCUCCAUCCUCGAGGAAUACGAGGACUCGUUGUCCCGGGCCAACCUUCCGAGCCAGACACGGGUGCCGGGGAUCCCAUUGUCCGGCUAUGUUAAUGCACGACUAGAAAAGGAAACUCCAAUAUUCAACAAACAAAGGAUUGAUUUCACCCCUCCAGAGAAUAUCAACAGCUUGGCGGUGUGCAGUAAUCAGCUGUGCAUGAGCUUGGGAAAGGAGGCACUUCUCAGGAUUGAUUUAGUGAAAGCAGACCAGCCAAACCAAGCUGACCUUGGUCGUAAAGAUGACUUCAAAGUCUACAAGAUGUUUUUGGAUCCCACAGGUUCUCAUCUUCUGAUUGCUCUGAACACUAGUGAGUGCCUAUAUCUCAAUCGAAAUGCCCAGAAAGCACGUUUACUUUCCCGAUGGAAAGGCCAUAUAAUUGAAAGCAUUGGAUGGAACAAGUUUUUGGGUAAUGAGGCGUCCACAGGUCCUAUUCUGGUGGGCACUACACAGGGUCAGAUCUAUGAAGCAGAAAUCUCGACAAGUGAAGGGGGUCUUUUUGGCACCAACCCGGACCAGUACUUUCGUCACCUUCACACAUUGGAGGAGGAAACUGGUCCUGCACCAGUUUGCUGCCUUGAAGUUAACCGAGGAUAUGAAAACCGUUUCUGUGCCAUUGCAGCAACUCGAAAAAAGCUUUUCCAGUUUGCUGCUAAAAUAACUGAAGGUAGUGAGCAACACGGAUUUGCACCCCUUUUCAGUCAGCCUGCUAAUGACCUCCCAAGUAUCCAGGAGUUUCCAGGUAACCUUGGCUACAGCGAAAUAGCUUUCUAUACUCAAAAACUCCGCACCUAUCCAACAUCUUUUGCUUGGAUGAUGGGAAAUGGAGUACUUUAUGGUACGUUAGACUUCUCUCGUCCUGACUCUGUGCUGACAGAUGUUCAGGUUUGGGAAUACCCAUCCAGUGUUGACAAACCAAUGUCUAUUGUGCUAACACAGUUCCAUUUCUUGCUCUUAAUGCCUGACAGGAUCAAGGCUAUUUGUACUUUAAAUGGGCAGGUUGUAUUUGAAGACGUGUUCACAGAGAAGUUUGGACCACUGAAAAGGAUGGUAAAAGAUCCUGUUUUAGGGCAAAUCUGGAUUCAUACAGAAAGAGCAGUCUUUCGCUAUCAUGUUGAACGGGAGUCAAGAGAUGUUUGGAAGAUGUACAUGAACAUGGGAAAAUUCGACUUGGCUAAAGAGUUCUGCAAGGACCGUCCAGAGUGCAUGGACAUGGUUUUGGCUAAGGAAGCUGAACACUGCUUCCAUAACAAGAAAUACAAAGAGAGUGCAAAAUGUUAUGCUCUCACUCAGAAUUACUUUGAAGAAAUAGCACUUAAAUUCAUUGAAGCAAAACAAGACGAAGCGCUGAUGGAAUUUCUCCUGAAAAAGCUCGCCAACUUGAAACCUUUAGAGAAAAUCCAAGUUACUUUGCUAACUACUUGGUUAACAGAGUUGUAUCUAAACCGCCUUGGAACUUUAGAAAGCGACACAUCAAAAAGAAGCUUGUAUUUAAAAACCCGUGAUGAAUUCCGAAGUUUCCUUAGCAGUCCUCGGAAUAAAGAAUGCCUCUUCAAUAACCGCGCCUCUAUACAUGAUCUUCUGGCGAGCCACGGUGACACCGAAAAUAUGGUGUAUUUUGCCGUUUUAAUGCAAGACUAUGAACGAGUUGUAGCUCAUCAUUGCCAACAUGAUGAUUAUGAUGAAGCUCUUCAUGUCCUCACAAAGCAUAGAGAUGAAAAGCUUUUCUACAAAUUUUCACCAGUCCUAAUGCAACAUAUACCCAAGAACGUUGUUGACUCUUGGAUCAUGAUGGGCAAAAGACUGCAUCCAAAGAACCUUAUUCCUGCCCUUGUUAAUUACAGUCAGGGUGCUGGUACUCACAUAAAUGAAGCCAUUAGGUAUAUGGAGUUUUGUGUUUAUGAACUUAGGGAAACUGAACAGGCCAUUCAUAACUAUUUGUUGUCAUUGUACGCUCAGUUUCGACCAGAUUCCCUCCUCUCAUACCUGGAAAUCGCUGGCACCAAUCCCAACACAAUUUACUACGACCUAAAAUAUGCUCUGCGUCUCUGUGCAGAACAUGGACACCAUCGUGCCUGUGUCCAUGUCUACAAAGUUAUGGAGCUAUAUGAAGAAGCUGUGGAUCUAGCUUUAAAGGUGGAUGUGGACCUAGCAAAGUCUUGUGCAGAUUUACCAGCAGAUGAUGAGGAACUGAAAAAGAAAUUGUGGCUAAAAAUCGCUCGUCAUGUGGUGCAGGAAGAGAAGGAUGUGAAGAAGGCCAUGGUUUGUCUGUCCAGCUGUAAUCUUCUCAAGAUAGAAGAUAUUCUGCCAUUCUUCCCUGACUUUGUGACCAUUGAUCACUUUAAGGAAGCCAUAUGCAGUUCACUUGAAGAUUACAACCGGCAUAUAGAAGAGCUAAAGCAAGAAAUGGAAGACGCUACACUGAGUGCCAAACGUAUUCGGGAAGACAUGCAGGAGAUGAGGAACAAGUAUAGCUCAGUGGAUCCACAAGAUAAAUGCACUUUUUGUGACUUUCCACUUUUGAACCGCCCAUUCUAUCUCUUCCUUUGUGGUCACAUGUUCCAUUAUGACUGCCUUAUGCAGAUAGUUGUCCCCAAUCUACCCGCUUACAAGCAGAUCAAAUUAGAAGACUUGCAGAAGAAAUUAGGAGCUGUGGCACAGCCUUCCAAAAGCCGCUCCCACACAAGGGAUGAAGACAGUGUAAGUCUGGGCAAAGGACAACCAAGCCGGGAGCAAAUCAAGGCAGACAUUGACGACAUUGUGGCAGCUGAGUGUUCCUAUUGUGGGGAAUUUAUGAUUCGAUCAAUUGACAAAGCAUUCAUAGAUCCACAAAAAUUUAAGGAAGAGAUGCUCAGCUGGCUGUAGGAAUUGGUUUUUCUUAAG